AUGGCCGAAGGACUUGCUGGAAUUUCUCUCGCCUGCAACAUUAUCCAGCUAAUCGAAUUCCGCUGCAAGAUCCUGGUUGACUCGCGAGAAGUCCACAAGUCUAGCACCGGCCUUGCGUCCCGGCACGUUGCACUUGAAAAUAUUGCAAAAAGGCCUAAGGACUUAAGCGAUAACGUCGCAGCACAGCCAAAUGCCUCAUCGCGCCUCAUAUCGCUUGCCGCUGAGUCCAAGAGACUGGUGCAAGAGCUUCUCGAUGCUGUUGAUAAACUGAAAGCAAAAGCCUCAGAUAAGAAAUGGGAUAGCUUCAAGAUUGAGCUGAAGACAGUGCUUAAGGAGAAAGACUUCAAGGAGAUUCACGAGAGCUUAGUAAACGUGCAGACUCAAUUGGGCCAGCAUUUGCAAGAGUCUGUUUUCGCCGGGCAAACAAGCUUAAGCCUGUCACUGAAAGGGUUAGAGCAGGAAUUGGACAAAGUACGGCACAGCACGGCGGAGAUCAGAUCGCUCACACAGGGUAUGGCCGAUGCUCUGCAGAAGCUCGAUAUCGGUCUUAGCGAUGGCAAGCGCGUCCUUGAAAGCUUGUACUUCCCACAAAUCCCAAAGCGUCUCAGCGGUGUUCCACACGCACACCAGCAAACUUUUACCUGGGUCUUCGACACUGAUCACUCGGAGUCGCCAUUUGCAAGGUGGGCCAGCGGGGAUACUACCCAGACUUUCUGGAUCCAGGGUAAACCGGGCUCUGGAAAGUCGACGCUCAUGAAGCUUAUCUGUGGUCACGAAAAGACGAAGAGGGCCUUGGAGACUUGGGGAGCCGGGAGCAGAAUCAUCGUUUCCAGUUACUUUUUCUGGAAUGCUGGCAACAAGAGGCAGAAGUCUUUGGAAGGACUACUCCGAGCACUUCUCUUCGAGGUUAUGACUCAAUGCCCGGAUGUGAUCGAGGUAGCUUGCGGCAAGGCGGACCGGGUUUCGUCCCUGCCGCCAUCCGCUGACCCCUGGCCCAUGACGGAUCUCUUGCCAGCCCUUGAGAAGAUGCUAAAUGCCCUAGAGGCGGCAAGCUGCAAACUGCGUUUGUUUAUCGAUGGCCUCGACGAGUUUGACGGGCAACCUGACGCUUUGAUCGACAUACUGGACAGCUUGUCUAACCGCAGCAACCUGAAGCUUUGCGUUUCAAGCCGGCCGUGGACCAGCUUCCGGGACAGGUAUGGCGACGACCCGACACAUCACCUGAAUCUCGAAGACCUCACCGAGAACGACAUAUAA